AGAAAUGUCAUUUUGGGGCCCCUAUUUGCAAUUUCAGGGUCCCCCAAAGAACCUGUACCUUCCUGCUUUUGCCUCCUCAUCUGAGUUACUAAAUUCUGGUAACUUAGAUAAUUCAGAUGUCCUUACUUAAAGCUGAAUGACUGGCUUGUGUGUGAGACUUGGAACCCAUGUUAGGAAUUCUGUAUCAGAUGUAAUAAGUGAAGAUCCAGAUUUCAGAUUUAAUGGCUUGUUUUACAAGUAAAAAGUAAAAGAUGUAAGGGAAAGGACGGCAAGGACAGACAGUGCUUGAAAAAGAAAAGGAAAAAGACUUCUAGUCUUUUAUUUUUCUAAGAGAAGAAACUGGUGAUGACACUCUCCUUUAGUCAGUAAUUAUAGUUGGAGCACCUGUGGUAUACAGAAGCAUGAGACUAGUAAAGUGUAACUUUUUCACUGGGAAGACUGUUUUAUUAUCCUUUAUUUAAAAAAUAGCAUGGGCUUGUUUAUAUUUUAAAUCAGUGAACUGAUAUUCCAAAUCAGUUGUUUCCUAGUGAGGGGAAGUUGAAAUAAUUCUGAUACUAAAAGAUACAUUCUGCUCAACUUGCCAGUUAAUGUCAGGAGUUUGCUGUUUCAUUACCACCAGGGACACUGGUAGGACCAAAGCAUUUUCCUCCAGGUUGCUUUUGGUUGUUUGGAAAUGUCACAGUGGAAGCCCUGGCCCCUUGAACCAGAGCAACAGCAGAAAGAUGCCGUGAAGCGAAUAUUCUCGGGCAUUCAGCCUACAGGAAUCCCCCACCUCGGCAACUAUCUGGGAGCCAUUGAGAGCUGGGUGAGGUUACAGGACGAGCACGACUCUGUGCUGUACAGUAUUGUUGACCUGCAUUCCAUCACUGUCCCCCAGGACCCAACCAUCCUCCGGCAGAGCAUCUUGGACAUGACUGCUGCCCUUCUCGCUUGUGGCAUCAACCCAGAGAAGAGCAUCCUUUUCCAGCAAUCUCAGGUGUCUGAGCACACACAAUUAAGUUGGAUCCUUACCUGCAUGGUCAGAUUACCUCGAUUACAACAUUUACACCAGUGGAAGGCAAAGACUGCCAAGGAGAAGCAGAAUGGAACCGUGGGGCUGCUCACAUACCCAGUGCUCCAGGCAGCUGACAUUCUGCUGUACAAGUCCACACACGUUCCUGUUGGGGAGGAUCAAGUCCAGCACAUGGAGCUAGUUCAGGAUCUAGCACAGAGUUUUAACAAGAAGUAUGGGGAGUUCUUCCCAGUACCCAAGUCCAUUCUGACAUCAAUGAAGAAGGUCAAGUCCCUGCGUGAUCCCUCUGCCAAAAUGUCGAAAUCAGACCCUGAUAAACUGGCCACUGUCAGAAUAACCGACAGCCCAGAGGAGAUAGUGCAGAAGUUCCGCAAGGCUAUGACGGACUUCACCUCGGAGGUCACCUACGAGCCUGCCAGCCGAGGAGGCGUGUCCAACCUGGUGGCCAUUCACGCAGCGGUGGCUGGGCUCCCCGUGGAGGAGGUGGUCCGCCGCAGCGCUGGGAUGGACACUGCUCGAUACAAGCUGGUGGUGGCAGAUGCUGUGAUUGAGAAAUUUGCUCCAAUUAAGAGUGAGAUUGAAAAACUGAAGAUGAACAAGGACCACUUAGAGAAAGUUUUGCAAGUUGGGUCGGCAAAAGCCAAAGAAUUAGCAUAUCCCGUGUGCCAGGAGGUGAAGAAAUUGGUGGGCUUUCUGUAAGAAGUUUCAGUGAGUCACAAAAAGACUUUUCUAUCUUGUGGUCUGUGCACUCCGAUAAAGGCAGCUUUUCUCAUAAGCAAACAAUUAGAGUUUAGCAACACAUAAUUUGGUACAUCUGAUCAUUGGUUUCAUUUGAUGAAUAAUGAUUUGUAGGUUUCAAAUAAAGCAGUGUUCUGAAACCCAAAUUCUCUAGCAAAAAAAAAAAAAAGAAAUAACACCCAGAAGGCA